AAGACAGGGGGAACUACUUUUGACUGCGGACGGAUAUUGACAGAUGACGUGCGCAGACUCGUGUAUAUAUACAAGUGCUUGAGUUGACUGCAGUAGAAUCUUAACCAAGCGCGGAAGAAACCACGUUUUGACGAGUGAAUUGCUUCGUCCUUUCAACUUAAAAAUGCAGAUCUUUGUGAAGACGCUCACUGGCAAGACUAUCACCCUAGAGGUUGAGCCAAGUGACACCAUUGAAAAUGUCAAGGCCAAGAUCCAGGACAAGGAAGGCAUUCCCCCAGAUCAGCAGAGGCUGAUCUUUGCUGGCAAGCAGCUAGAAGAUGGCCGCACCCUCUCUGACUACAACAUCCAGAAAGAAUCCACCCUCCAUCUUGUCCUGCGUCUGAGGGGAGGCAUGCAGAUCUUCGUCAAGACCCUCACUGGUAAAACCAUCACCCUCGAGGUUGAGCCAAGUGACACCAUUGAGAACGUCAAGGCUAAAAUCCAGGACAAGGAAGGCAUUCCCCCAGAUCAGCAGAGGCUCAUCUUUGCAGGCAAACAGCUGGAAGAUGGCCGCACCCUCUCAGACUACAAUAUCCAGAAAGAAUCCACCCUCCAUCUUGUCCUGCGUCUGAGGGGAGGCAUGCAGAUCUUCGUCAAGACCCUCACCGGCAAAACAAUCACCCUUGAGGUUGAGCCAAGUGACACCAUUGAGAAUGUCAAAGCCAAAAUCCAGGACAAGGAAGGCAUUCCCCCAGAUCAGCAGAGGCUCAUCUUUGCUGGCAAACAGCUGGAAGAUGGCCGCACCCUCUCUGACUACAACAUCCAGAAAGAAUCCACCCUCCAUCUUGUCCUGCGUCUGAGGGGAGGCAUGCAGAUCUUCGUCAAGACCCUCACAGGUAAAACCAUCACCCUCGAGGUUGAGCCAAGUGACACCAUUGAGAAUGUCAAGGCCAAAAUCCAGGACAAGGAAGGCAUUCCCCCAGAUCAGCAGAGGCUCAUCUUUGCCGGCAAACAGCUGGAAGAUGGCCGCACCCUCUCUGACUACAAUAUCCAGAAAGAAUCCACCCUCCAUCUUGUCCUGCGUCUGAGGGGAGGCAUGCAGAUCUUCGUCAAGACCCUCACAGGUAAAACCAUCACCCUCGAGGUUGAGCCUAGUGACACCAUUGAGAACGUCAAGGCCAAAAUCCAGGACAAGGAAGGCAUUCCCCCAGAUCAGCAGAGGCUCAUCUUUGCCGGCAAACAGCUGGAAGAUGGCCGCACCCUCUCAGACUACAAUAUCCAGAAAGAAUCCACCCUCCAUCUUGUCCUGCGUCUGAGGGGAGGCAUGCAGAUCUUCGUCAAGACCCUCACCGGCAAAACAAUCACCCUUGAGGUUGAGCCAAGUGACACCAUUGAGAAUGUCAAAGCCAAAAUCCAGGACAAGGAAGGCAUUCCCCCAGAUCAGCAGAGGCUCAUCUUUGCUGGCAAACAGCUGGAAGAUGGCCGCACCCUCUCUGACUACAACAUCCAGAAAGAAUCCACCCUCCAUCUUGUCCUGCGUCUGAGGGGAGGCAUGCAGAUCUUCGUCAAGACCCUCACAGGUAAAACCAUCACCCUCGAGGUUGAGCCAAGUGACACCAUUGAGAAUGUCAAGGCCAAAAUCCAGGACAAGGAAGGCAUUCCCCCAGAUCAGCAGAGGCUCAUCUUUGCCGGCAAACAGCUGGAAGAUGGCCGCACCCUCUCUGACUACAACAUCCAGAAAGAAUCCACCCUCCAUCUUGUCCUGCGUCUGAGGGGAGGCAUGCAGAUCUUCGUCAAGACCCUCACUGGUAAAACCAUCACCCUCGAGGUUGAGCCUAGUGACACCAUUGAGAAUGUGAAGGCCAAAAUCCAGGACAAGGAAGGCAUUCCCCCAGAUCAGCAGAGGCUCAUCUUUGCCGGCAAACAGCUGGAAGAUGGCCGCACCCUCUCUGACUACAACAUCCAGAAAGAAUCCACCCUCCAUCUUGUCCUGCGUCUGAGGGGAGGCAUGCAGAUCUUCGUCAAGACCCUCACUGGUAAAACCAUCACCCUCGAGGUUGAGCCUAGUGACACCAUUGAGAACGUCAAGGCCAAAAUCCAGGACAAGGAAGGCAUUCCCCCAGAUCAGCAGAGGCUCAUCUUUGCCGGCAAACAGCUGGAAGAUGGCCGCACCCUCUCUGACUACAACAUCCAGAAAGAAUCAACCCUCCAUCUUGUCCUGCGUCUCAGGGGUGGGCAGUAAACUGCUUAUCAAUUCAAUGUCAUUUAACAAUGUUACCUGAAUUUCAUGUGCUAUAAGGCAUACUAUAUUUCAAAUUACACAUGGUGAAGUUUUACCUGAUGACCAAAUGUUUGCACAUUACUGAAAUAAAGAGUUAAACUUA